CCGUACGGCCCGGACGCCUAAGGCGUCAGAGGGUCCAGGGCGCGUUCAGGACGGCAAGGGGGGGCGGGGCGCGGUUCGGGCCUUGUCCACGUUGGGGCCACUUGUAGGGUGUGAACGAUGACACUCAGAAAAGGGAGGGGAGAGCAGCAGUUUGUCCCAGUCAGUAAGGACAAACAGAGGCAGGCGGAGCUCAAGUUCUGCGGAUUGAAGUGGAUAACAAAGGGGCAAACACUGCCGGACUCCAAUGGGAAUUUUCUCAUGGAGUGCAAGUUGUGCGGCCGGGGUUUUCAGGGCAGUCAAUCGAAGGCCGCACAACACUUCACAAUAAAAAACAACUUCGCUAAAGUCACCGCGGAGCAGCUCGCGGAGAUCUGGAACAAGACAAACUACCCGUUCGAUCAGAGCCACCAUCGGAAGAUCAUCGACUUCCUGAGGUCUCGUGGGUUUCUUGACAAUAGAAAUACUUCAGGGAGGGAGCAGGCGGGGGAGGAGUCUGAGGGCAGCGAUCAGGAGAGGAGGGCGGCCGAGGGGGGAGGUGAUGAGAGUGGCAGUGAUUCACAAGACAUGGACGUGAGGCGAGAGACGGAGCGCGCCAAGGAAAAGAUAAGGGGGGAUAACGUCGUUGUCAAGGACAACACCCCGGACGAGCACGACGAUGACGACGAUGACGACGACGAUCAGGGUGCAGACCUUGGGGCGUCUCUUGAUGGGGGUCUGAUGGCCGCUGGCCGUCGAGGCCAAGAGGGGGCUGCUAAAGCGAUGAAGGACGUCGUGCAGUCGAGGAAAAGAAAGAGAAAGGCAACGACACCAGCUCCUCCUCUGUCGAAGAAGGGCAAAGUCCUUCGACAAACUUCCAUGACAGAAAACUUCGAUCCGGCGUGGCAACGAGAUUUUACGAACGAGUUCCUGUCGUGGUGUAUUCCACAGCAGCAGCGAGUUGUGGCGGAGAUGGUGGCAGCCGUCCGCAAGGACAUUGCGGCGACGGGAGCGACCAUCCGUGAGGAUGGUUGCAAGUCCAUCACUAGCGACCAGAUUGUCAACUUUAUUGCCGCAGGGCCCACGGGAGCCUACCUUUUUAGGACUGUGCAGCGAGGAGGUGCUGUCCAGGAGACAGCCGAGGUGGUGGUGGAGCGAUGGAAGGACGUGUUCGACAACUUCGGUGUCAAAAACGUCAACGCCAUUUGCACGGAUUCUGCGUCCGCGUAUGUGGCUGCAUCCAAGCUCCUGGCGAAGGAGGAUGUCAAGGCCGUCCAUGAGCGUGUUAAGGUGAAGAAGCGUAACCAACUUGGUUUUAUCAAGCUGGCUCGUUUGGUGGAGAUAUCCACCAACUUGAGAUUUAGUCGUUGUCAGGGGAGGGGUUUAGGGUACGUUCUGCCAUGGGAGGACGCUGAGGAGGAGACAAAGGACAGCAUUCCUCCGCCUCGUGACGAGGGUGUUCGGCCAGCUGACCGAGUCACGGAGGCGCAGCGCGAGCGGCAGGUGCAGCGCGGUCGGAAGGACCGCCUUUCCAGGGCUCCGCCCAGCGUCGAGACAUAUUUCGGUCGUCACGCCACGGUGCUCAUGCCGGCUGAGUUGGACGCCGUGUACGAUUCCGAGCUGGAUCCUAUGGCUCAGGACCCGAUGGAAGCGGAGCCGUGGUCCAAUCCAGACGACCUGGCAGUGGAGUCUGAGCCCGGAGAUUCUCAUGAUGGUGGCGACGAUGAUCCUAGCGCCGAGAUGUUGUGUCCUCGGACGCAUCGUCCAGGACAUGGCGAGCAGGGGACUCGCAACAUUGUUGACGAGAGAGACGAGGACGACGACGAUGAUAGAGAGGGGUACGAGGGCAGUAGUGAGGACGAGGAUGAUCCCGCGUAUUCCCCGAGAUGUGGACAUGGUGACGACGACGACGCCAACGACGAGGGCGGCGAUGGUACACAGGCUGCAGGUGGUUUGCGGAGGUCGGGUCGACAUCGUGCCGACCGAUGCAGUGGUGCAGGCAGGGGGGACAGUGGUGCAGGCAUGGGUGUGGGGGGCGCAGGACACACAGGGGGUGCAGGCCGUGGUGACGGAGGAUGGGCGAGGCGAGAAUCUCAGGCGGCGCACUGCUUGCGGCCGCCUGACACCGGGUCGACUGAGUUUGAUGCUGCGUCAGCAGAGGCCGUUGCAGAGGCCGCUGCAGAGGCCGCUGCAGAGGCCGCUGGAGAGGCCGCAGGAGAGUUCGCAGCGACGUCUGAGGAGGUCGCAGGGGGCUUUGCAGAGGUUGUUGGCGAGGCUGCACAGGUUGGGAGGGCUUCUGCGCAGUUGGGUGUCAGUUUUAGUGGUAUUCUUGAUGUUUCGUUGGGGCCUCCUCCGACACCGGCAGGCGAGCGUGGCAGUGGUGACGCAGCGGCUACGCCCGUCAGUCAGAUACUCCGGGAUGUACCUUCAUGCAGCAUGGGUGACAUCAGUAGUAACAUGUUGCAUGAGGCAGCAACGGGGAGACAGUGUUCGUCAGGGCAGAAGGAGUGUGCAGCAGAGGACGGUGGGGAUUGUGGACCUGAGCAGGAGCGAGCGCCAGAGUCGGAGCAGGACAGGAUCGACCGCGAGGAGAGGGAGAGGGCGCAUGACUUGGCUAACCGUUGUGAGCUGACACAGAGUAUUGCGUCGAGGGCACGGGCAGAGCGGAUGCGCGAGACGGGCGGUAGUGAGGGUCAUCAUGCGGCGGACGAUGCAGCGCUUGAGUGUGGAGGCGCGGGCGCCGGGGAUGCAGGCGAGAGACCCGCGUCGACGGUUCAGGGUGUUUGUAUAUUGCCUAUCGGUGGAGCCAUGAUGGCGGAGGAGUUGGAGCGACAUUUACGAGAGGAUCCAUUGCAGGCAGAUCGGCGCGAACAGAUCGAUGAGGCGUUGGGGAGGUUCAUCGCAAAGCGCCCAGCUUACGUGCCCUGCAGCCCGUCACUGCCAUCGUCAACCACUCAUGCCACAACCUCCGUACAUGCUGAGGUUCCAAUCACGGGACGGAUUUCAUCACCGACACCUGCAGAGUCUCCUUCUCCCAAAUCACGGAAGAAGAAGAUGAGAGCAGGUAAGAGUAUCAGUACUGUGAGGAGGGUGACGCAUGUGAUGCGGGAGACUCAGCCCGGGCUGGCCGGUUUACAUUCGCGGACUCGGGAGGCAUUGGCCCUAGACGUUGUCGCGGAGACAGUAGGUUGGCGGGAGAGGGGCUCCAACCGGGCGACGGGGCAGCCCAUCACAGCACCUGCUGAGGCGGAGAUGCCAUGUACUGGGGGGCGAACAGUAGGUAGGGGGGAGGAGACGGAGCACAACGGCCCCCCCGGGAGGACCAUGGUCGGACGUAUAUUGGGGGAGGAUGUGAGGACGGUGCCUGCGCAGCGACAGUCACAGGCAGGAGUCGUUUUGGAGUCCGGUACCGAUGAUUUGGAGAUGCCUUGUGGCCAGCGGAGGAGGGCUUCCAUGUACGACCUUCUUCGAGCAAAGCACGGGGUUGACACGGCGCCACAGGGGGGGGUUCAUGCUCCGGAUACUGCGCACGGGCCGAUAGUCAGCACAGGUGGCGGCGACGGUGUCAGAAGUGUUGUGCCGCAGCGGAGGAGGAAGGACAUUGUGGACGACGAUGAUGUUUAGUCCCACCAUUAGUCCUCUUUCAUCCUGUAUUUCUUAGUAGUGUAUAUUAUACUUAGUGCUUCGGAUGAUGUGAUGUGUUCAUAGGUGUAGUGUUUAUUAGAUUUGUAUUUGUACAGAUGGUUAGACUACUGCACAGUUGUCCAUAUACAGGUGCAGUAGGUGCAGAUUGUUGUUUCUUUUUCGUUUUAUUUUUGCAUCGAUGUUUCAGAGGAUUGCACUCUAUAUUCAGACAUGGGUGCAGCAUCUGCAGCGCUUGCAUUGUUUUUGUUUUCCUUCUACUUUGUUAUCGAUGUUUCAGACGAUU